AUGCAAACACAGUUAUGGGUGCGAACACAAAUCGGCACAGAGAUCUUCUGGAUCGGCUUGAAUGAUAAGAUCGUAGAAGGUGUCUGGGAGUGGAGUGAUGGGAAACCUUUCAUAGAAUAUUUAUCGUACUGGAUGUCCGGCCAGCCUGAUAACUGGAAUGAUGAGGACUGUGGUGAGUUGGUAGGAGAAAGCUUUGGACAGUGGAACGAUGAAAACUGCAACAGCAAGAGGAAAUACAUCUGCAAAUACAUCAACGCAAAUCCUGCCCCACAGUGUGACUUAGCCAACGGCUGGCGGCAGCACGGCUCCAACUGCUACAAGUUUAAGUCAGAAACCAUGAAGAGCUGGUCGGCAGCCAGACUUGACUGUUUGCAGGAGGGAGGAGACCUGGUUUCUAUAACCUCACUGGAGGAAAAUACGUAUAUGAUGGGAACACUGUCAUCAACACACCUGGACUUCUGGAUUGGGCUCUCCACUCUGAAAUGCAACAAGAUUUCAUGUCAUCUUGAUCCUGCGAACAGCCAGUUUGCCUGGUCUGAUGCAAUGCAGGUGGGAUUCACCAACUGGGAUGGCAACCAGUCAGUAGACCCACAAGUGGGCGGGUGCGCUGCCUUAAUCAAAGACUCAUCGGAGGCAUUUGGAAAGUGGAGGUCCCAUUUGUGCAAAUAUGAGCGUCCAUACAUAUGCAAACGUCUAAUCAGCACUAUCUGUCCUCCGGGUUGGCAGAGCUUUAAGGGAAGCUGUUACUGGAUCGUCAGUAACAUCAAUAUGUUGACCACUUGGCAUGAGGCUGCAACCACAUGCUCUGAUAUGUACCAGGACGGAGACUUCAAAUGGACGGAUAAAAGCAAAGUCGAAUUUUCAAAUUACGGAGCUGGCUGGCCCCGAAACACGAUUGACACGUGGGACUGUGGUCAGAUCUUUACAGGGAACUAUGAGGGCAAAUGGGAAACAACCAACUGCUUUAAGAACCUGGGUUACAUCUGUGAGAUGACAGGUGGAAUGAACCCUCAACCCACUGCAUCUCCUGAUGGCCACUGUGACAGAGGAUACCUGCUGUAUAAGGACUACUGCUAUCACUUUGAGACGGAGCAGGUGAAAAACUGGCAUGAUGCCGAGGCUCAUUGCACCAAAGAGCAGGGUCAUCUGGUCAGCUUUCAUAAUGAGGAAGAGCUCAGUUUCCUCACUGCUCAUAUGCCAGGGGAAGCCUGGGUGGGCUUAAAUGACAUCACAGCUGAAAGCGUUUUCGUGUACACCGAUGGAAGCGCUGCAGACCUCCUCCCCUGGGCGCUAGGCCAACCAGACAACUGGGAAAACAACGAGGACUGCGUUCACCUGACAGGAAUGACCCACCCUGAUCCUGGGAAGCUUAAUGAUGAAAAAUGCACUGCCACGAAGGAAUUUGUUUGUAAAAAAGCAAAGGGUCAAGGACCUCCUCCUCACCCUCCAACGUCUGGACCAGGAUGGAAUGAGAAAUGUGGCUCUUGGACCCCUGACCCUUUCAAUGACUACUGCUACCUUUUAAACUACCUAUCAAUGAGAACCUGGGCAGAGGCCCGAGCUGACUGUGUCAACCAGGGAGGGGAUCUUCUCAGUAUCACUGAACCCUUUGAGCAGACCUUCAUACAAGCCCUGAUCCAGCAGACCCCAACUGGGAUCUCCCUUUGGAUGGGAGGCCAUGACUCAGUCACGGAGGGUGGCUGGGAGUGGACGGACGGCUCUCCGUUUAGAUACAUCCGCUGGAAUGCAGGUAACCCAGAUGAUUAUCUUGGCGAAGACUGCCUGACGAUACUUAUUAAUAAUGGCUACUGGAAUGAUGACAACUGCGAGAGCAAGAGAGGAUAUAUCUGUAAGCGGAGAGGAAAAACACCUGAGCCUCCUCCACCACAUGAUGGUUUUAUGACAGCAAUCGUGUGCCAAGGAUCUACUGCCGUCCUCCAUUGUCCACAAGAGAGUGUGAUAAACAUCCAGUCUGCUUUCUACGGCCGAAAGAGCGACGACAUCUGCCCACACUUUGAUGGAUCUGAAGGCAGCUGCACUGUUGAAGGAGUUCUUCCUCAGUACAGAAAGGCGUGUGAUAACCGUCCUUUCUGUUUUGCCUAUGCCUACACCGAGGAGGACCCCUGUCCCACUGUGUCUAAAUAUCUGGAGAUAGUCUAUAGCUGUGAGCAGAAAGUAUGUUUGCACGGCCUGGGUGUCGAGGAUGGGAACAUUACAGACAUCCAGCUUUCUGCUUCUUCUUCCAUCGGCUCCUUUACCGCACAAAAAGCACGUUUGAAUGGAGAUUCCUGCUGGAUGCCCUCAGGAAGUGGUAGGAAACUGGUUUCUAAAUAUCCUUUGACUGUGAGCUUCAUGUUAAGUCCACAGGAGAGGCCUAAUUGGUCGACUUUAGGUAAAACAAGAUGUUCUGCUCUUUCAGCAUCUUCAAGCUGGAUCCAAGUGAACCUCGGUCAGAUCAGGAAAGUAACUGGGAUUGUAAUCCAGGGUUGUCCUCAGAGUGACCACUGGGUCACUAAAUUUAAGCUGCAGCACAGUGUGGAUGGAACAAGCUGGAAGGAUUACUCAGCUGAUGGAGAAUUUUUUCCAGGUUCAACAGACAGAAAUAUCCCUGAAACUCAGCUGCUUGGCACACCAGUGUCCGCUCAGUAUGUCCGCCUCCUUCCAGUGGAGUUCAACGGUCAAGCGGGCCUCCGGUUUGAUGUCUUGGGAUGCACACCUGACUAUGCAAUUACAUGUGCCGACAAGCCCAACUUCAGUUCUGGCCAUGAUAAAAUGACGGUGCAUUGCCAAGCAGGCUGUGCCAAAGCAGAUUACCAGGUGUAUGGCACAUCUGUAUAUCGUGGGGACUCAAACAUCUGUGCAGCAGCCAUCCAUGCAGGAGUUGUUCUCAACGAGAACGGAGGAGACUGCACCUUAAUAAAAGCUCCAGGACAAAACUUUUAUCCUGGCUCCACCAAGAACGGCAUCACCUCCAGGCAAUUUGAUGGAGACUAUGAAGUCUCGUUUUCUUUUGCAAAUGGGGAGCUGAGAUGCUCUGGACCUGACUGGUAUGAGUUUGGAGAUUUCUGCUACAAACCUUUUGGAGACAAAAAGACUUGGCAUAACGCCCGGAGCUCAUGCAGGAAUCUGGGUGCUGACCUUGUUUCCAUCCAGUCCAUGAAAGAACAGAGCUGGGUGGAAAGUUACCUAUACAUGGCCACCAGUAAUGUGUGGACUGGUCUUAAUGACCUGGCCAUCCCCGGUCUGUUCAUGUGGUCUGAUGAACACAUAGUAACUUUUACCUACUGGGCACCAGGAGAGCCCAACAAUCAUAAUGGCUUCAGUGAGGACUGUGUCGAGAUGUUACAUCAGACUGGCAGAUGGAACGAUAAAUCCUGCACACAGCUUAACAACUAUGUAUGCAAAAUGCCCAAAGCACACUACCCACUCCCCUCAGUCCAGCCCACCAUUUAUGGAUGUCCUCAGGGUUGGGAUGCAUAUGGCUACUCAUGCUACUGGAUGGAAGAGACAGCCAGGAGUUGGUCUGAUGCUAAAGCCUUCUGUAAGGAGAAGGACGGCUUCCUGCUGCACAUUGGAAACAUCUAUGAGCAGUCCCAUUUCACAGUGGCUCUGACUGGAAGGACUGGUUUCUGGUGGAUGGGGCUCCGUGCCCAAGGCGACUUGAGCGGAGGGGUCGACUACGUGUGGGACAACGGUUUACCUUUGACCUUCACUCACUGGGACCAAGACCAGCCAGAUGCUGAGGAUGGUACCUGUGUGGCUAUGACGACGGGUCAGAUUGGUGGUUUCUGGGAUGACAAACCCUGCUCAGAGGAGCACGCCUUCAUCUGUGAAAAGUUCAGACCUGAUAUCACCCCACCUACCGAGGCUCCAACCCCUCCUCCUUCACAGGGCUGCGCUGAUGGCUGGACAGCUUUGCCCCACUUCAGGAACUGCUACAAGCUUUUCCACAAUGUAGACUGGUCCCAGAAGAAGAGCUGGGGCACUGCAUAUGAAGACUGCAUAUCCAGAGGUGCUAAUCUGGUCAGUAUCCACAAUCAGGAGGAGGAAGAGUUUUUGUCUCUGUACACUAAAGGCAGCACUAAGUGGAUCGGCCUCAAGCACAACCCUAUUGAAGGUGGCUAUUCCUGGAGUGAUGGAACACCACUGUCACACACAAACUGGGGUUAUGGAGAGCCAAAUAACCACGAAGGCCGUGAGGAGUGCGUGGAGAUGGUGAGCAGCACCAACGGAACCUUCUCCUGGUGGAACGACCUCAACUGUGAUGCACAUCAGGAUUGGAUAUGCAUGAUUACCAAAGGAAAAACUCCAGUCAUUCCCCCAGCACCUCCAUCUCCUGUUCCAGCUCCUGAGUGUGGCUCAAAUCCUGGCUGGAGGAAGAACGGUGAUAUCUGUUACUACUACAACGACACAGAUAUAGUUGACUUCCACACAGCCAUGAUGCGCUGCUAUGCAGAGAAGGCUCAGCUUGUGUCGAUCCUCAGCAAAGAUGAACAGGCAUAUGUUAACAGCAUGGUGGGGACAGGGGAGAUAGCUGCAGCCUGGAUCGGCUUGAGGAUGUUUGGCAUUGCAAGUGGACAGUACAUGUGGGUCGACUCUUCCCCUUUAACCUACACCCACUGGUCUCCGGGUGAGCCAAACAAUGCCAACGGGGAGGAACAGUGUGUCCAGAUGAACAGAAAUCAAGGUGGAUGGAACGAUGCCAACUGUGGCCGAGCUGGAGCGGGUUAUGUGUGUAAGAAGUUUCCUGGAGACAUCCACACACCUCCUCCCCCCACACAACCCUGGGAGGGCAACUGUCCUGCAGGAUGGUUACGUUUUAAGGACAAGUGCUUCAUGUUCAAAGGGAAGAAAGAUGAACUGAAAGCGAACUGGUCUUAUGCUCGAAGCUGGUGCAAAGAUCAAGGAGGAGACCUGGCAAUUAUUGAUAACCAGUAUGAGAAUGACUUUGUGGCUAGUUACCUCAAAGACUUGAAGCUCCCGACUUGGAUCGGUCUGUCAGAUCUUUUAGUGGAGAAUCAGUACGCCUGGUGUGAUGGGGUCAGUCCAGUGCUGUACACCAACUGGAAUGAACAUGAGCCCAACAAUGUAGGAGGAACGGAACAUUGUGUGGCCAUGACUCAUGGCCCUCUCUCUACCGGCAAGUGGAACGAUGACGCCUGUCACAAAGAUCAUAGCUUUGUCUGCUACAGAAAGAAAUCAAGCAGCAUUGAACCUCCUCCUCCUACCAAAAGCCCCUGCCCAGCUGACUACAUCUCCUGGUACGAGAACUGCUACAAGCUGGUUGAGGAACCGGCUACCUGGGAUGAAGCUCAGACAGCCUGUGAAGAGCAGGGCGGCAACUUGGCCAGCAUUGACAUGAGCUAUGAUCAGGCCUUUGUGGCUGGAGUCGUCCUGCAGGGAAAGGCAGAUGCCUGGAUCGGAUUAAGGCGCAAGGAGGAUGGCUCCUACACGUGGACAGAUGGUUGGCCAGUUUUCUUCACGCAGUGGGGUCCAGGGGAGCCCAGUAACAUCAAGGAUGAGGGAUGUGUCAGCAUGCAUGCUUCCAUCUGGUUCCAUGGGACCUGGAAUGACACCAAGUGUGACCAGGCAAAGUCUUACAUCUGCAAGAUCUCCUCAGCAAAACCGCCUCCGACUCCCAGCCCUGGCGAUGGGAAGUGUUUGCCUUUCUGGGUUCCCUACGGCCAUUACUGUUACUUUGUGUACGAUGGGAAGGAGGCCUUCUCCUGGAAUGAUGCCCGACACUUAUGCCAGUCAUACAAUACUGAGCUGGUAUCCAUCCACAGCAGAGCAGAGGUGGAGUUCAUCAGGAACUUAAACUACACCAAACACCACAACAUCUGGAUCGGUCUAACCAGGGACGGAAACUUUGGUUGGGGGUGGACAGACAAGACAUCCUUGGGAUUCCUUAACUGGGCUCAAGGUGAGCCCAACUCUGCCUUCCAUCCCGGGGAUAUCGCUGAAGAGAACUGUGUGGAGAUGUAUCCAGACGGGCACUGGAAUGACAACAACUGCCUGCAGAAGAGAGGCUUUGCCUGUCGCCAUCGCCAGUAUUAUACAACGGAUGAAAAUAAAAAUCCUAUUUUCCCCACUGAUAGCCCAGGUGCAAACAAUGGGCUGAUGGUUGGCGCUACCAUCGGAGCAAUCGCCUUCUUCUCCUUGAUAGCUGGAUUGCUGUUCUAUGUCUUCAAAGUGCGGGGAUAUAAACUGAGCAGUCUCACUUUGCCGACGAGAACGAGUACCAACAUCGAUGUGCCGGCUUUCAGCAACCCCAACUUCAUAGGAGAAUCGGAUACGUGAAGCUUCCCUGUUCUCUGCUUUUCAAAGGGAAUAUUUUUAAAAAUCCUGGUGGUUUAAAAAUUAUUUUUCUUUUAGGAUUAAGCAGUAUUGUGGAUAUCUUAAAACAGCUAAAAAUUUGUAAUAAUAUCCUUUGCUUUUCUUUCAAGUGAUGAGAAUAUUACUAAGAUUUGUAACCUCAAAAAUUGUAAAACGUUUAAUGUCACCUUUGCUCCCUUCAGUAUCGACCAUUACACAUAAAAAAAAAAGAUUUUUAAUCAAUUUUUUUAUUUUCUUUUGAAAAUCCUUCAAUUUAAAAGUCUUGCUUUUUCAACCUCUAAUUAAUUAAAACAGUUUGAUCCCAGAAAGAUUUUAUUGUGAUAUCUCAGACUACUCUACAUUUUUGGACCUUUCUCAUAAUAAAAUACUAGAAUUUGAGUCUUAGCAUCAGCAUCAACAUUAAGGAGCCCAAGUUCAUUCCUAGAGAUGUUUUUACCAACUUAAUAAAAGAAAAACGCAUUAUCUCCCUUAUGAAAAUUGUCAUCUUUAUGAAAAUGUUAUUUGAAGCUUUUGGUGUAACCUUUAAAAUUAUAUCAUUAUUUUGUUCAAAAUAAAGCAGAGAAAGCCUCCCUCCCCCAUCAACCUGUGUCAUUUCCAGUGUUUAUUCAUCUUUGUACACUGCAAACACAGUUUUACAAAUUUUCACAAAAUGAAAAAGAAACAUUUUUUUUUCAAAAACCGUUCUGAACAUUUUCUUUCCCAGUCAAAACAUAAUUGAACAAUUCAAGACGGCAAUUCAUAAACUGAGCAGCCAAAACAAAUGAAAUUAGAGCCACAGGAUGUGAACAGAAAGAAAAAGAGAGGCGAAUGUUGCAGUUCCCCAUCAUGUA